AUGUCAGACGGAUCUAAUCAGAAAUCCCGCACCAAGCCUCUGCCUACCCUGAAUCAUUCUGACUCAAGGAAUAGUCUGUGGCGCGCAAAUAUGUCCAGUGCGUCGUCGCCUGAUUUUCGGAACAAAAAGACUGAGUGGUUCUCAGACCUUGAGCUUGUCUCAUUUGGGACUAACACUCUUCUAGACACCCCAGUCGAACUUCGGGCAACAGCAGAUUUUCUUGAUUCUUCGGACGAGGAAGACGGGGGAUGUUUGCUAGGUGACUGGUGA